AUGCGCCGUGGAAUUGUCGCCGUUGCGGCGACCGUCGCUGCGGCUGCGGCCAGUUCGGCGGAAGUGGGGGCUGGGCAACAGCAGUUCGUGUUUAAAUGUCACCCGGGACUCGCCGCCAUCACGAUUCCCGUGGAUUCUUCCGCCCUCGAGGUUUUCUUUGCGUGUCCCAAGGGUACUUCACUGUCGCCGGAAGGCCCAGGAACGCCGAGCUUGGCGCUGGACGGCUCCUGCCGGGACACCGUGGUCCUGGACGAAUACCUCAGGGGAGCAACCCUCGAACAGUUGGUUCACAGCAGGGGAGAACGCAACAGUCGAAACUCGUCGCUUGAAACAGAGACACCAGAGGCCGCAGACCGAGACCCGUGCGGUCUCGCUGAAGACGCACCCUGCGGCGAAAACAUGGAUGAAGACGAAAACAUGGAUGAAGACGAAAACAUGGAUGAAGACGAAAACAUGGAUGAAAGUUCGGAAGAAGAUGAAGCCGCGCCCGCCGGUGGCGCAGACUUCUCGGAAGAUGGCUCCCCGAAUGCCUGGUCUGAAGAGGCGGUGGCUGAUCCGCUCGAGACACUUUUCGACUCGGACUUUCCCGAGCAGGUUUGGGGUGCUACCGAACGUACAAAACAGGGCGACGAGGAGUUCGUAGAACCCUCGCAAGAAGAGGAAGCCGUGGUGUACCGCCUGGCUGUUCCUGGACAGUCAGAAGCCAAACAGCUCUGCUACAAGUGCGUCGCCGAUCCAGCGGAUUCCGACAGCGCCUGCAGCGUCAUCAUCCGUAUCGAAGCAACGUCCUCGGCCGAAGAACCCGCCUCGCCAUCCGCCUCCUCCCGACGUUCCGCUCCAGGCCUUCGACUUGCAGACUCGACGCCGGACCUUGACGCGCAACGCGCACUCAGGGCCGGGAUUUCGCCCCGCUCCCUGGGCGCCUCUGCGGCGGGUGCGCCGCCUGCAGGCGAGCGUGCGGCGAAACGGGAGCCGGCAGAGGCCGAGCCUGAACUGAAGAGCCCAGCGGCAGUGGAGAAGCCGCCCCGGGAAGCCGCUGCGAAGCCAAGUAGCAGCGAGGGCGAUGCUGGAGAGCCCACCGAGCCAGCGCGUCCAGCAGAGCGUCCUACCGCCGAGCCGCCGGAGAACGCGGCCCACGCGGAUGCAGCCUCCGCAGGAGCUUCGGCGCCUGCGGAAAUCGUGGAUUCAGGGAAAGACGCACCUAGCUCCGCGGAAGGAGAGAAGAAGAGCGGAGAAGCCCCUUCGGGGGCCGACGCCGAUCCAAAGGUGUCAGAUUCCGGCGAGCCGAAGGAGAGCGGAGCCGCGGGACCCGGAGCAGCGACGGGAAGAACCGCGACGGGGACACAGCCGACAAGCAGUCCCGCGCCGAAGGAACAGCCGGUGUCUACUGGCCCACCACAGCCUGGCCCACCACAGCGAGACGCACCACAGCCUGGCCCACCACAGCCAGACGCACCACAGCCUGGCCCACCACAGCCAGACGCACCACAGCCUGGCCCACCACAGCGAGACGCACCACAGCCUGGCCCACCACAGACGAGAGAAUCCCCUAAAAGCACUACAGCCUCUCCAAGUACCGGUUCCUCUCAAGCGGGACAAUCCACGCAGCAAGGCGGCACGGUGGUCUGUAACGACGGAGACGUGAAGCAGGUGGAGGUCCAGGCGCACAGCUCUCUGGAGUUCCGGUGUGGAUCGGGCUUGAUUUUGGACCCUCCGUUCUCGGCGUCUUCGCCCGAAGUGUACGACUACGUGUAUAACACGUGCACACAGCACGUCUCUCUGGUGAGUUACCUUCCGGACGCCCGCUUUCUGGCAGAUGAAGCCACCAAGGACAGUUCCUCAACCACAUACAGACUCACAGUGAAUAAGGGGCCGAGCGCUCCCACGAAGCUCUGCUACAAAUGCGUCGCGUCGAAACCUGGUGCAGGUAUUGCAGCAAUUACACCCGGCUGCGCUGUGAUUGUCACUGUAGCGCCGGACGCAGCCAGUGCCUCAUAUUCACUCCCAAUCUUCCACACGACCCUCGUUUCUGCGACCAUCGGGGUUCUCUUCGCAGUGUACUAG